AUGAGAUUGGAAUCACCAACUCGGAACAUCACCACAUUGGUCCAAGCAUCUUAUGGGGAAAUAGACAUUGAGGACAAUAGUCAAUUCUAUCCCUUCUCGAACAAUCCCUUGGUUCAGCUUGUGGACGAGUGGGGACCCAAUGAUAAUUACUUCGAAGAGCUCUUUGGCUGGGCACCAAGUGACGAUACACAAAUCGAUAUUGAAAAGUUUGGCCAGGAACAGCUCCACGGGCCAAAGGACCAACAUGGUAGAACUACAGAAACGCCGGAGAUUGAUAUUGAAAACCUCCUUGCGUUUACAUUAGAUGACAGUGGCGCUGAUGACAGCGCUGCGGAAUUGACUCAUGAAGACUUCGAAAAGCUCCUUGACGAUAUAUUAGAUGAGGGUAACGGUAAAGUUGACUCUGAGGUAUGGUCGGGGAGUGACCUGGGAGACCUCCUUGAGGCUUUGGACAAGGACGGUGCGGGAAGUUCCGAAUUUUCUCGAAGUAAAUCCGAUAAGCUUCUUGAGCCUUUGGCGGGGGAGAAGGACAGUAGUGGUGCUGCCGACAUCGACGAUAGUUUUCUACGUGGGCUCGAAGAACUCCCGCCGUCUGGAUUACUCGGCCAGAUUGAACCAACGCAAGGAAGGCGAUAUGAGAUUGGAGAAGUUCGUAAGUCUGACCAGUUCGGGGAGAGUGUGCUAAAGGGACAGGCGACAGCCGCCAGUUCCACCAGUCUCCGGGACUAUUGGAGUGGUGUUCGCUUUGAGGACGUUGUGAGUGAGAGUGUAGUAGCUGCAAACACUCCAUCGGGUGUGGAUGGUGAGAGAGCGGCUGUAGGCAGGAGCUUAGUUGCGGCAGUUCGGAGAAUACCUUUUAGAAUUGUUCGGAAGCGUGCUCGAAGACCUGAGAGAGUCAUGACCGAGGUAGUGAAAAGUAGGAAUAUGCGGACUGGGUCCGAUGAGAGGAAUAUGAUGGCCGAUGAGAGACCUGGAUUUGAGAUUCAGGCACGUGGAGAGGAGUUUCUAUGUAUGAGUGCGAGAUAUCUGAUGUGGGCUUACGACGUUAAGAAGUAUGGAUGGUCGCACUUUGCGGGGUUUGACACAAGCAACUUAUCAGUUUUCGGGUUGGCGAAAAAGGUACGUGAUUUGGUCAGGCGUAGAGAGAGUUGCCUCAUGACCGAACUUACAUUGGGGUCAAGUUGUUACGAUAUUUCCCCAGGACGACGAAUGGAGAGUGUAGCUUGGGAUAAGAAAAGGUUCCUCACUUGGCUUGACCACAUAGACCAUGAUAACAGUAUUGGAUCCAGGUGUAACCGACUAACCAACCGCUUUAUUCCCGCAGAAAAGGUAGACGAGGCCAUUGCUGACGCUCUACAAUACUGGCCCGCCGUUGGCACUUUCGCUCGGCGAAUUCACUGUUGGUGGUGUGCUCGCACAAAGUAUUAUAACGAUCCAGAAUGUCAACCAUUAGGUAAAGCUCGUGUCUCAAGGUGGGAUUUUGAGCAGCUUGUUAUAAAGAAACUUGGAGAUCUCGGAGCACCUCUUGAAGAAGUAGCAAAAAGUUGUCGUAGAGAAUUGCGAAGAAAACUAAUCCUAAAGACACAAGAGCACCUUCAACAAGAGCACCUUCAACAAGAGCACCUUCAACAAGAGCACCUUCAACAAGAGCACCUUCAACAAGAGCACCUUCAACAAGAGCACCUUCAACAAGAGCACCUUCAACAAGAGCACCUUCAACAAGGGCAACAAGAGCAGCAUAUACAAGUAAAGGAAACAAAUUUGCAGGACACAGUUCCUUCAGAACUUGUUGGUGCCUGCGGAAACAAGUUUCAAAUAGCGACGGUGGAGGAAACACAAUUACAAAUUGAACCAAAGUAUCUCGUAUGGUCAUAUGAUAUACAUAACAACAACUGGUGGGGUUCCGUACCACACGCGAUGCGUGGCUUAUCCGUGUUCGGACUCGCCCGUUGUGCCCGCGAAUGGAUACUAGCAGGAAACGAGCUGCAUACGUUGAAUGUCGGUUGCUACACGUGUUGCGAAGGUGGUAUGACUCAUCUGGAAGCUGAUGGCUGUGAAAGAUGCGAGAGUCCUUGGAACAUCGAAGAGUUUUGGGAAUGGUUGCGCUGCAGACACUUUUGUGCAGACGAUGAAGACGGUGAGAAGACAACAGACGUGCCCAGACUUGGGUUCGAUGCACCCGACGUAACCAGGCUCCAGGGGGUGGUGGACCAAUCGCGGUUUGCCGCGUCUGUCUGGACGCAGCCCAUUAACUUCUUUGUACCACGAGAAUCCGAUUGUGCCUCACUUCCCUGUAAAGUACGCCAGUGGUGGGAUGAAAGACCGCUUGAUGCAAUCGCAGCCAAGGGCCUGUCUCCCUGGGAAUGUGAAAGAAUAUUCCUGUACAAGCUGAACCGGCUAGCGGCCUCCGCACUUGAUGACGCCCGCAUUGUCGUAGAAACGCGUGACAACGUUUUUGAAAUCGUGGAAAUGAAGAUGUGGCGUGAAGCCCCAAUCCUCUAA